UUGAAGGAAGCAGUCGUGUGUUGCGCAUACGGUCCGUUGGUCCAUUUGUCCGUUGGUGUGUGUGUGUGCGUGUGCACGUGCUGCUCGUCGCGACAAUUUCGACUGGUACAAUAAUAGACAACAGUAGUGGGAAUUAAUUAAUGCUCCGGUAGUGACUGUAAACGGAGACUCAGUUAUAAAAGGGAGCUACCCAGCCAUAUGAUAGCAUGGAUAGUAGUGCCAAGCCAAAGCGCAAAAACCCGCGCCAGAAUGCAAAUAUAAUAUCACAACUGAUAUUUGCCUGGGCCAUACCAUUACUGUAUCGAGGAUCCCGCAGCGGCUUGAACACAGAUGACCUGACAGUAUGCCUCAAGGAUGACCGCUCCGAACAGUUGGGCGAUCGUUUAGAGGACCAGUGGUUUAAGGAACUAGAACGAUCCCAUCGCAAGAAACAGAAGCCUCACCUCAGAAACGCUUUAUUCCGUUGCUUUCUGGGACCGACGAUCAUUAAUGGCCUCAUUUGCUUAAUCUACAUAGUGAUCAAGACCUUGAUUCCAGCUGUUCUUGCGCAGUUGUUGAUACAGUUCCAAAAAGCUCCUGUUGUGGAAGUGAGAAAUGUCGCAGUUAAAGAUUUGUCAAUAUCGGAUUCCCUGAAUCGAACUGCACGCUCAAUUGGAAACUAUGUGCUGAGUCAGGCUGUUGCCCACUCCAGUGGAUCACCAGGAGAUGAUUAUUCCCCUAAUUCCCUGGACAAGGGGGAUCCCCUGAAGGAACCAAUUCAACCUGUAACCGCCGAAGCGGACCACAAUGCCACUAUGGUGCGUAAUGUCUUGGAUCAAACUGCCGAGUACGUGUGGAACGACGCCUACAGCCUGGGCACUGUCCUGGUGACCGCGACGCUCCUUGGCUGUUUUUUAUUGCACCACGUCGAUCUCCGCCAGCGCUUAAUGGGCGCCCGGAUGCGAAUUGCAUGCUGCUCGCUGAUCUACCGGAAAACACUACGCCUCUCCAUGAAAACAGCGGGCCAGACGCCAGCUGGUUACCUAAUCAACCUGCUCUCGAACGACGUGAAUCGUCUCGACUAUGGUUUUAUUUUCAUGCACUGGAUUUGGAUCAUGCCGCUCCAUGCGGUGCUCACGUGCUACCUGAUUUGGCUAAACAUCGGAAUUCCGGCGCUGGUGGGAGUGAUUGGAUUGCUUCUAAAAACGGUGCCCGUGCAAACGGCCCUGAGUAAGGUGACCUCAGUCCUGCGGAUGAGGAUUGCAGAGCGAACGGACGAGAGAGUGGGCAUCAUGAAUGAGCUGGUGCAGGGCAUUCAGGUUAUCAAGAUGUACGCUUGGGAGAAACCCUUCCAGGCGGUGGUGUCUGAAGCGCGUCGCCGCGAAAUUCAGCAGAUCCGCUAUGCAUCCUACCUGCGUGGCUUCUACCUCAGCACCAUGGUGUUUACAGAGCGGUCCACCCUUUAUAUUACCCUGGCAGCGGCUGCUCUUCUGGGUCAGCCCAUUACCGCCGACUUUGUGUUCUCCGCAGCCAGUUACUAUAACAUCCUGCAACUGGUGGCUGCCAUUUGGUACCCUCUUGCUGUGAGUUUCGGAGCAGAAGCCUUGGUCUCUCUGAGCCGCAUUCAGGAUUUCCUGAUGCUAGAGGGACGCGAGGAACGGACACAAGGACUCACUCAAAAGAAAGAUCAGGAGGGCGGAGAUUCUAGAGCCGUAACCAUCAAGGAUAUUAAUGCCAGUUGGGAUAAUGAGAAGCCCCAGAGGACAUUGCAAAACAUUAAUCUUCAAAUCGAGAAGGGUCAACUGUGUGCGGUGAUUGGACCCGUGGGUGCCGGCAAGAGCUCAAUCCUUCAGCUACUGCUGGGCGAACUUCCAGUCAUCGAUGGCGGUGUAGUGGUCCAGGGAGACCUUUCCUAUGCCUCCCAGGAACCCUGGCUGUUUACGGGAUCGGUGCGAAAUAACAUCCUGUUUGGCGAGGACUACGAAAGAAAGCGCUACCAGGAGGUGACCCGCUGCUGUGCCCUCGCCACGGAUUUCCAGCAGCUCCCCAACGGAGAUAAAACCAUUGUGGGUGAACGGGGAGCCUCCUUAUCCGGUGGUCAACGAGCCCGCAUCAGCUUGGCUCGAGCGGUUUACAAACCCGCCUCGAUCUAUUUGAUGGACGACCCGCUUAGCGCUGUGGAUGCUCACGUGGGCAGACAUUUGUUUGAUGAGGUGAUUGGACCCCGAGGUCGACUGGCCCAGCUAAAAGCUACUCGUAUUCUGGUCACCCACCAAGUGCACUUUCUGUCCGAAGCUGAUAUUAUUGUGAUCGUGGACCAGGGAAGGAUCUUGAGACAGGGCACCUACCAGGAGCUGAUCAACAGUGAUUUGGAUUUUGCAAAGUUGCUCGAGCGACCCAAGGAGGAGCAGGAGGAGCCGGAAAAUAGUCGCCAUCAAUCAUCAUUGGAGAGCGACGACGAGGACAUACCCUUUAUCGAUGGCGAAAAAGACGGGUACCAGCAGUUGAGGAAACAGAGUAGUUCGAUUCAUGGCAGCAAGUCGUUGGACAGCGCGCAGCUGGAUGAUGAAGUGGAUGAGGAUGCCCUGGCCGAGGCACAAGCCUCUGGUGGCGUCCCCCGCGUUUGGUACGAGUAUUUCCAUGCGGGCAGCACCCUCGUGAGCUUCAGUUUCAUGGUGUUUGUGAUGCUUAUGUCACAAGUGGUAUGUAGCAGCUCGGAUUAUUUUUCCAAUUUUUGGACGCAGCAGGAGCACCAGCGGUCGCUGGGAAAUCCCACCAGUUUUACCACCUUUGAGUGCAUGUACAUUUACGGAGGUCUUAUCAUCGCCGUGGUUAUCAUGACCACGUUCCGAGGGUUCCUGUUCUUCAAGGUCUGCAUGCACGCCUCUAAGGUGCUGCACGAUCGAAUGUUCGCCUGCAUUCUGCAUGCCACCAUGAGAUUCUUUGACACCACUCCCUCGGGAAGGAUUCUCAAUCGCUUCUCCAAGGACAUGGGCGCCAUUGAUGAGUUGCUUCCGCGGGCGAUGAUGGACUCUAUACAAAUCGCCCUAGUCAUGUUUGGCAUUCUGAUCCUUAUUAGUAUAGUAAAUCCUGUUUUAAUGGCUGCCAUGUUGGUGGUGGCUAUUGUGGAUGUGCUUAUCCUAAAGCUGUACCUGCGACCCUCGCAAGAUCUUAAGCGUUUGGAGGGCAUUUGCCGCAGUCCAGUUUUCUCCCAUCUGAGUGCUUCCCUCACUGGUCUGGCCAUCAUUCGAUCCCGCCAGAUGCAGGAUGUGGUAGUCAAAGAGUUUGAUUUGCUGCAGGAUGUACACAGUAGCGUGUGGCAGCUGACCAUGGCUGUGAAUACGGCUUUGGGCUUGUGGCUGGACUGUGUGAGUUGUGUCUUCCUCACGGCAGUCACCUUCAGCUUCAUCGUUUCCAAUGAAUCGACGUACAGCGGAAAUGUAGGUUUGGCCAUAUCUCAGGCCAUGAUUCUGACCGGAAUGGUGCAGUACGGUGUGCGGCAGGUAGCGGAGUCCUUGCAACAGAUGACCAGCGUUGAGCGUGUCCUGCAAUACACCGAACUGGAGCAGGAACCAGCGUUGAGCGAGAAGAUCCCUCCCCAGCAGUGGCCAACCCGUGGUCAGGUGGAGUUCCGCAAUAUGAACUGUCGCUACGAUCCGAAUGGAUCGCCUGUACUAAAAAAUCUGAAUCUUACCAUCGAGGCGGGCUGGAAGGUGGGCAUUGUUGGACGUACAGGCGCUGGCAAGUCCUCGCUGAUUGGGGCUCUCUUCCGGUUGGCAAACAUCGAGGGAGAGAUACUUAUCGACGGCAUUGAAACCGGCACGAUUUCGUUGGAGAUCCUGCGAACCCGAAUCUCGAUUAUACCCCAGGACCCGGUUCUAUUUUCGGCCACCAUCCGUUACAACCUGGAUCCCUUUGAGCGGUACACGGACGCUGAGCUGUGGAGCGCAUUGGAGGAUGUGGAGCUACGUGGUGCUAUUCCCGGUCUGGAUUACAUGGUCACGGAGAGGGGAAGCAAUUUCAGUGUGGGUCAGCGGCAGUUGCUCUGCUUGGCGAGAGCGAUUCUCCGGAACAACAAAGUCUUGGUUUUGGAUGAGGCCACGGCCAAUGUGGAUCCACAAACCGAUGCCCUGAUCCAGAGCACUAUUCGCAUUAAGUUCAAGCAAUGCACAGUUGUCACUGUGGCCCACCGAUUGCACACUGUCAUGGAUUCGGAUCGGAUUAUAGUGAUGGAUGCUGGCGUGGCUGUGGAAUUCGAUGUACCUUAUCUGCUGCUGAAGAAGUCACAAGGACACCUGCGACAAAUGGUCGAGGCCACGGGCGGAGAGGCGGAAGCCCUGAAGAAGACAGCCAGUGAUAGUCACAAAAGGAGGCAGAGAGAGCGGGAUCAGCGAGAUCGUGAGGAGGAGGAUGAAAUACAGGAGUGAGCAGCGGUGACCUAAAACAUCCACCGGGAAUCGCAUUUACCCAAAGCUGGUGCCUAUAAUGGCUCAAGGUUGCAAUUUUUGGCUCCCUAAUGUAAUAGAGCGAGACCAAAACGAAAGCCGUACCAAAAUAGUUUUCCCUUAAACAUACAUUUUAUGUUAUCCAUUUUUCAUGUACUUAUUGUAGUUAAGUAUGUAAACGAAAAGUCUAAAUGACCUGCCUUAUACGUAUUGUACUUAGAUAUAAUCUCCGCGAGGGAAUUUGUGUAAAAUAUUAAAAAGACCGCCAACUUAAAACAUGACAAAGAAGAUACUAACGUUCUGGUAACAGAUUAGAAGUGAACACUGCCAUCCUUGAAGGAUCAGUUGUAUGUUCUUUACCUAACCACUUAUUAGUUAGUUCGUCAAAUAUAUUCUGUAUAUAUAUGUGUAUAUUCUGUACAUUAUUGCAAGUAAGCAAAUCCUACUACUGAACUAUUGUACUUGAAACUCUAGAUAGAAUAAAUAUUUGCCGAGUUUAUUAAAAUA